AUGUCCCAAAUGAGAGAACCACUGAUUCUUCGAUGCAAGAAUAACCAUCUCCCGUACGACAUUGUACUGAACAUUUUGGGAAGACUACCUGUGAAAUCAGUGGCAAGAUUCAGGUGUGUUUGCAAAUCCUGGGACUCCUCAAUCACCACUCCCUAUUUCAUCUCCACCCACCUUAAUCACAACAACAAAGAUCCCUAUGAAGAUGGGAAUGGUUAUAUCAUACACAUGGCGUCAUGGAAAGCACGUCGUGUGAUAUCUUUUUCUACUUCAAUGUCUUCUCCUUCUCCUCCUUCUCUCCCCCCUAAAACAUCAAUAUGUACAGUUGCUUACGGCCACACAUUUGAUAAGAUUUCUGAGAUUGAAAUUCCUUUUGAUUUUUCUUCUAAUUGUACUCAAAUGGUUGGUUCAUGCAAUGGCUUAUUGUGUCUCGCUGAUUCCAAUAAUGUUAUAUAUUUGUGGAACCCCAACAUUAGAAAAUUCAAGAAGUUGCCUCAUACUUGCUUGGGAAACUUAAACAAUGUUACACUUGGAUUUGCUUACUGUUCAGAAAAUAAUGACUAUAAGGUUGUCAUGACUUCACAUAGCUUUUUGUCUACAUAUGAGAUUGGGAUAUACACAUUAAGUUCAGAUUCAUGGAGAAGGGUUGAAAUUUCGGAGACAACAAAUGUAACCUUCUGUAAAGGUAUGCUUUCUCCAAUCCCUUUGGUUAGUGGAGCUUUGCACUGGAUGCCAUAUGUUAAAGAUGAAGCUAUUAUGGCAUUUGAUGUCAAUAGUGAGAAAUUCAGAAAGCUAGCAGUGCCUGAUGUUUCUAUAUAUGAACCACCUCUUCAAAGAACAUGUAUUGCAUCAUUUAGAGGGAAACUGGCUUUCAUUGGACGAUCUGGCUUCCAAUACUCCAUAUGGGUGAUGAGAGACUAUGGUGUGGUUGAGUCUUGGAAUGAACUUUUUGUUGUACCAUUUGAAAGGGUAGCUUGUUGGAUUUGCUUGACCGAUUAUGGUUCACUUAUGGUUGGCUACGAAAAUGAUCCAUUAGAGAGGCAGGGAUUGACAUAUGCAUUAAUUGACACUGAAACUCUGGAAGAGAAGAAAGAUCUGGAUAUUCAACAUCCUUCAUAUGUAGCCACUUUCAUGGAGAGCCUCGUUUUACUUGACAGAACAAAUGUGGAAUCCUAUUAA